AUGGUCUGGGUUCAACUACCUGAUCUCCCACCGGAGUUCUUCAAUCAAUUGGCGGUCAUGCGUAUUGCUGAACGCAUUGGCAAACCUUUUAGAGUGGAUAUAGCUACGUUAGAGGGAGCAAGGAUGAAUUACGCUCGGGUUUGCGUGGAGGUUGAUUUAACGAGACAACUCCUAUCGAAAUAUAAAGUGGAGGAAGUUCUAUCAAAAGAAACUGGUGACAACGAGGAAAAGAAAGCGGUAGGGAGUAAGGGGACAAUAGUGAGAACGGAAGUUCCGAGUGGUAACGAGCACGUGGAAACACAAGGACAGAAGAAGGUGGGCGGAAAGAAGAGUCAGGAGAACCAACAGGAAAAAAGAGUGGUUACUCUGGGAAAUAAUGAAAAGAAUGCACAGGACUUAAGGUCAGGCAGAGAGGUGGAGAAGGAUAAACAAACACAGUUAAAUCUCAAAGCUAAUCCACCGGGUGCUAGACCUGCUCAUGCUAGUGAGAUAAAGCUUGGAAAGGACAAGAAAGGAAAUAAGAAUCUGAAUGGUGCGGGAAACCGAUCCCCUUUGGGUCAUUAA